AAAAUCCAUGGUUGAAGAUCAAACUCGUAAAGAAGAUGUUCAUCGCUCGACUAGACAUUGCAUACAGAAUGUCAUGCUGUUUGAAAGCCGACGCAAGUUUUCGGGUGUUGAUCGGCGGGUCGUCGUUAUCCGAAUGUACAAAAUACUACAGUGUGUACAUUCGUCGUGUUACGGUCGUGUUAUGCAGCCAGUCUGUAAAGACUACAGAUGUGACUAUACAGAUCGACGGUCCUGACAAGACCUUGACACUGUGUGAAGUUACARUGACUGCUUUUGACAACCAAGAUGGACUAAGAGGUGUUCUUCAGAAACUGUGGCACGGACUAACAUACGGCUCCUUGGCUAAGUUACGAGAAGAUGUACGAUUCCCUUUAAAGCCCUCAUCAGUGUCAAUGUUUAAGGACUUUGAUGCACCGUACUUUCUCACGGGUCACUACGGUAAGCAGCUGGAGACGUAUCUACAGGUUCCAGAGGGUGGCAACUACUCGUUUGUAAUUGCAUGCGGUGGAGAAUGUGAGCUCUGGAUUGACAAUGGCGGCGUACUUGAAAACAAGCAAAGAUUGAUAGCGAAUCUCAAGCAAAAAGACCAUGUUGGACAUAMUGAAUUUGACAAGUAUCCCAGCAAGCAAACAUCAAAGCCUAUUUUGCUAAGUCACUGUUUCCUGUACAAGAUGAAGAUGCUCGUUACCACAACAAAUGGCUACGAAUUACGMGGGUUUGCGUCUGUUGCAAUGAAAUUCCCUAAUGGAUCCUUUGAAGGUCCGAUAAGUCACGCAAGGCUUUACUGGGUAUAUCCAGGUUACAAAGAUAUUGAGUUUGGUCUACACGACAACAAAACCACAAUAACUACAGAGACAAGUGAAACCCCAUUCAACAUUAGAGUGAAGUACAAGUAUUGCUGCCGUGGAGCMUAUUGCCCAGCAUGCCCUGCAAGACUUGUACUAGACGUAGGGUAUACAWCAGUUGUAGUACACGAGGCAUUGGCUAUGGAUUGUAUACAACAUACAUCAAACCUGAGACUCGGUGUCAUGGUCCARCCAGGGACGUAUCCAAUCAAGAUAACACACACUUAUAACGGUGACAUGUAUGGUGCGGUACAUGGAGGUGUGUUUGGUCGUCUCAUUUUACAACCUAAGUCCAUUUUUAAGUGUGAUUUUACGARAGACACAUGUGGAUUUAGAAAUGGUAAUAGUACUGCAGGAAACUACUGGAACUUUACSAAAUCAAAAGAAGAUAGUCUAGGAGAUUGCACUAAAGGAUGGAUCCAUGUAAACUCGUAUUGCUACCAUAUAUCUGAAAAGACUUCCUGGACUUAUGCAAAUCAGGACUGCAAAAAGAAAGCAUCCACAUUGGCAAUCAUUGAUCAUAAAAGCACAAUAAAACUUCUUGGCCAAGAGCUUAAUACCCUUCUACCAUCUGGRRSSGUUCAGUUGUUCAUCGGUCUACAAUAUUUACCAGAGUUUCGAUGGACCGACGGGAAUCCGAUCGAUAAGGGAUUGUGGUUAAAGGRUUACCCAAAAGUGAAUGAAGCACUUAGUUUACAAUGUGUCGUUCUUUAUCUAACUUCUUUUGGCUGGCGUCUGAUGCAGUUAAAUUGCAWGACGACCACCAGGAAAGUGAUGUGCGAGACGGACAGACAAAAUCAAGCCUACAAAAGCACAACAUUUUCUGAAUCAGAUGCUGAAUUUGGCCACCAUUCCUAUGCAGUUGACGGGAAUUAUGCAUCGUGCUUCCAGACAAAACAGGUCAAGGGCCUUUUUUUAAUUACUUAG